AUGCGUACCUACGACGAUACCUUCUCCGGCGAGAAGAUCUACCCUGGCAAGGGCAAGCUCUACGUCCGUGGAGACAGCAAGAUCUUCCGAUUCCAAAAUGGAAAGACCGAAUCCCUCUUCCUGCAACGCAAGAACCCCCGCCGUAUCGCAUGGACUGUUCUAUUCCGAAGACAGCACAAGAAGGGUAUCUCCGAGGAAGUAGCAAAGAAGCGCUCCCGCCGCACCGUCAAGUCCCAACGAGCCAUCGUCGGCGCCUCACUCGAUGUGAUCAAGGAACGCCGUAGCAUGCGCCCCGAAGCCCGCUCCGCGGCACGUCAAGCAGCGAUCAAGGAGGGCAAGGAGAAGCGGGCCGCAGCCCAGAGCGUUAAGAAGGCCGAGAAGGCGAAGAGCGCUGCGGGUGCCGCGAAGGGUCAGACUGCGAGGGUUACCAGCAAGCAGGGUGCCAAGGGUGCGCCGAAGAAGGUCCAGGCUACGAGCCGUUAA